GCAGUGUAAUCCUAAACAGUGUUCCACCCUUCUAAACCCAUGUAAAUCAGCAGAUUUAGAAGGGUGUAACCAGCACUUGCUUACUCCUGUCAUCAGUUGGGCAACACUGUUUAGCUGUUCUUAGGGGCAAAAAAGCAAAAUGUUUCACUUGAAAGAACAGUUGCCACAAGCCAGUUGGAAACACAACUCUGCUGAGGGCAAUUUCUGAUCAGUGAAACAGAAAAGAAGAGGUGUUCAUGGCAGAGCACAAACGGCUCUGCUCACUCAGAGUGAAAACCACAACCUUUGGGGCAUGUCAGUUCUUGCUUACACUUUCCCAUUCUCUUAUUUUAAACUGUCACUUAUUAUUUCAGGGCACUCGGAGAUGUAUCUGCAGAUAGGCCUUUUACAAUCGGGUUUGGCCCAGUCCAUAAACAGCAGUAGGCAUAAAACCCUGCAUACCAAAUAAGUAUUAAGGGGUUGAUCUGUAUCUUUUGAUAUAAAGGAAUUAGAGGCUACAAUCAAAACACAGUUCAAAUGGAAAUUGCUAAGAAAGAAAACAGCUGCAAAACAUUUGAGACUGAAAUGCAAGAGAUACAGAAGGCUCUUCAAACACUUUCUGAUGCAAAUGCUCAGGAAAAACUGGUACUAAUGGAGGAAGCCACAAAUUUGAGGGAAUUGGCUGCCCUCUCCACCCAGGAUGUUUUACACAAAGAAGCAGAACUCCUGAAUAUCCAGAGAGACCUAAAGCAAACUGUAGACACAGUGAAGGAAAAAGAACGUAAUGUCCAUCUUCUAGAAACUCAGCUUCACCAUCAGAUCCAGAAACUCCAGGAUACAGAAGGAAAACUUACAGAAAGCAGAUUGGAGUGCAUACGGCUGCAAGCAUUACUCCAGCAGCUCAAGGAGGAACACCUAACCGGUGGCCAGUCCACACAGCAUAUAGUUCAGGAACUCCGAAAGGAGGCUGAAAAAUUAAAGCAAAUGCUUGAUGAGAGCAAACUUUCAGCUGAUGAGGAUAAAUACUUAUUCAACAAGAUGGCAGAAGACUAUGGACAUCUGGUAAGAAAAAAUGGCCUCUUACAAACACAAGUGCUGGAAGCAACUUGGCAGCUAAGCAGGGAGAAGCAGCUGAGAGAAGAAAAUGCCUCCCAUUCAAGACGGGUCUCUGAGCUUGUAUCAGCAAAGGGGGAAGAACGGCAUCUAGAAAAAGAGCUUACCUACUUGAUGACAUUACUCCGGGACAGCAGUCAGAGAGUUCUUAAAGCACAGGAUCAGUUAAUGUCUCUCCAGCAACAAAAAGAAUCUGCGAACCGAAACGAGCACUCUCUUCAGUCACAACUAAGAGAUGCAGAAUGGAGACACUCCAGCAUUCAACUGGAAAAUUUCAAGCUGCAAACAGAAAAAACUCAUUUGGUAGAAUAUGUUUCUCACUUGCAUAAACAGAUCGCUGAAAAGGAAAGAGAAAUCCAUUGUCUACAGUCAUGCUAAUAGCUUGUCCAGUGGCCUCAGUAGUUUAAAGUCUCCUAUUGAUACAGCACCUCAUCUGCAGGAAAAAAGGGAAGUUCUCCAGUAGGUGAACAGCAAACAACUCAGUGAGUUAACUUUGCAAAGCAGUUAUCAAAGUCUGCUGGCUCACUGGAAGAAAUGAAGCAGUCUUCUUUCUAAAUGAAACUAAUCAUUCGACUCAAUGGCCUUGAGCAGUAUCACACUGAUAAAGUUAAAACAAUCCUGAUA